AAAUCAUGACCCCUCGAGAACAAAGCAUAUUCAGUCUUCUUAUAUCUGUGUAGUUACUGAUUCGCGUAACGGUAAAUCUUCGUUUUGGGCGAUCAACAAUUAGUGGUUCAAAAAUAUCAAAUCUUGUAGUUUUCAACCUGAAAUAUCCAAAAAUACAAAUGAAAAGUUUAGGAAACCAAUGGUUUACCUCCUCUGUGAUCAUAGACUUAUACAGAUAUUAUAAUUAUUGGUGUAUCUUUAUCUAUAUAAGCCUAUGAUGUGUAUACUGACAAUGAAUAAGAAGGUCAAUAGAUAUGCACGCUUGGUGUUACACACAAACGUCAUAGAGCACUUUUAUCAUGAUGCGCAAAACGAACGAAAACUCGUCUUCCGGUAAAUACGUUUUCUCGGGAUGGGGAUUGAGUAGAUCGUAUUUUAACAAAUCGAUUUAUCGAAUCAUAAACAUCAAUCGAUAUAAUUCCUUCACUACACAUACCAUCUGAAUUCUAAUAAAAUGGAAAAUAUUAAAAGAGCUUGAGCUCGAAUUUUAAAGAAAUAUUAAGUGGUGCUAAAUACGCCCGGUAGUUAAAUGUGCCCUGAAAUUAAUGUGAUGUCGACUGUGUGUGAUGGCGGGUAAAGAGUUAAGAAGCCAUCAGCAACAGUUUGUUGAAGAAAUUAAUUACGAUGAAAUUGAAACAGAGCAGAUAGUAGGAAAAGGUUCUUUUGGAGUAGUAUGGAAAGGAAAAUGGAGAGGACAAUAUGUUGCCAUAAAAUACAUAAAUUCAGAGGGUGAAAAAAAGGCCUUUACUGUAGAAGUUAGGCAGUUAUCAAGGGUUAUACAUCCCAAUAUUGUAAAACUUUAUGGGGCUUGCACCAAAAAUCCAGUUUGUUUGGUUAUGGAAUAUGCUGAAGGCGGCUCUUUAUAUAAUGUUUUACAUUGCAAUCCUCAGCCACGAUAUACUGCAGGACAUGCAAUGAGUUGGGCCUUACAGUGUGCACGAGGUGUUGCAUAUCUUCAUAAUAUGAAACCAAAACCACUAAUUCAUAGAGAUUUAAAACCUCCUAAUUUAUUACUGGUAAUGGGAGGACAGACUCUUAAAAUUUGUGAUUUUGGCACAGCUUGUGACUUAAAUACGUAUAUGACCAACAACAAAGGUUCUGCUGCUUGGAUGGCUCCAGAAGUAUUUGAGGGUUCUAGAUAUACAGAAAAAUGUGAUGUGUUUAGUUGGGGUGUUAUUCUAUGGGAAAUAUUAUCAAGAAAGAAACCAUUUGAUGAAAUUGGUGGUUCAGCCUAUAGAAUAAUGUGGGCAGUACAUGUUGGACAAAGGCCUCCUUUAAUCGAAGGAUGUCCAAAACCAAUUGAAGAUCUUCUGACCAGAUGUUGGCACAAAUCUCCCGAAGAAAGACCAUCAAUGGAUAAAGUUGUAGAAAUAAUGACGAUUUUGUCACAAUUUUUCAGUGGUCACUUGGAACCGGUCGAAUAUGCACCAAGUGCCGAAUCAGAAGAAAUUAUUGAGAAUCAUGAUUCUAAAUAUGAUACUGAGAAUAAUGGAUACGUCGACAAUAAUACCAUUAAAGCUAGUGUGUCGAAUUCUAAGGAAGAAUCAGAAAUUCAAGAAGAUAGUUCAUCUAAUUUGUUGAAUGAUAUAAAAAAUUCGUCUUCUAAAAAUAAUAAUUCAGUGAAUGAUGUAACUUAUAAAAAACGCCAAAUAAAUGAUUUUCCACAACUUUAUGUUGAAUGUGAUCCGAAUUCCUGGGAAUUUUCGGGUUCUGAACCUUCAAUGGAAUCAUCUAUUCUAAAGAUAAAGAAUUCUGUUCCAAGUAACAGUACAACUGAUAAAGAUUUGGACAACGUUUACCGUCUUCUGGAUGCAGAUCUGAGGCCGUUGACGCCUGAUCAAACUUGUGAAAGAUCAAAAGAAAUCUUUGAAGAGCAUAAACAACUUGCACAGGAAUACUUGAAGGUUCAAACUGAGAUAGCGUUAUUGAGCCAACAUAAAAACGAAAUGCUUAAAAAUCUGACCAUAGACAGCCUGAGACAGCAGGAAGAAUUAAGAAAGCUUGAAGAAGAGAAAGGAGCCUUGAUUCAGUUGUAUCGAAACUUAAAACGUCAAUUGGAAAUUAUGAAGAAUCAAAGAAUGAACAAUGUUCUUUCAAGUAACGCUCAAAUAGGUCCAACAGUUUCAGGAAACGAUGGAUGGUUCGUGGUGCCACGUCCAGAUCCUGUAUUAGAUACGUUCGAGGUUUAAGUAAAAUUCUUUUUUGAUACUACGUUUACAAAGGAAGCAAUUUUUACUGAAAAUGCUAAGUUUUCAGUUGAAAAAAAAAUACUAUAGAUAUUUUUAGCAACAUUUUUGUAAUUACUUUAUCUUGAUUUUAAACGCGUGGUUUACUUUCACCGUGCUUUAAUAUCUACAGAAAAUUGAAAAAAUGAAAAAUUUUUGCAAAAUUUUAUACAGUUGCUUCCAUUAUAAGAGAACUGUUUAAGUUGUGAUUUUUACUGUAGAUUGUUAAAUAUAAAUUGAAUACAUAAUGAAAUAUGCCAGAAAUAAUUUUAAACGAUUGGCGACAGAUCAAUCUCAAAUAUGAAAUUAGUAAUUGGUAACCAGUAAUUAACUAAUUGCCUGCGAUAUAGUUAUUAGUAUAAUUAUGUAUGUAAGAAGUAAUACUAAUAAGUGAUUAAGGAUGUAUUGUAUCA